CAGCUGGGACUUCAGGGAGCUCAGAGACCAGCUCACCAGGCCCAUGGCCGGAGGCCCUGCCAUGGCUCCCCACAAACUCCUUCUGAUGCUGGCCCUGCUGACCUGGGCGGUUCUGGCCGACCAAGAGUCCUGCAAGGGCCGCUGCACGGAGGGUUUCAACAAGAACCAGAAGUGUCAGUGUGAUGAGCUCUGCUCAUACUACCAGAGCUGCUGCCCCGACUACGUGGCCGAAUGCAAACCCCAAGUCACUCGGGGGGACGUGUUCACUCUGCCGGAGGAUGACUAUAUUGAAUUUCAAAUCUAUGGCGACCACUCGGUGGUCGCCAAAGACCACAACGACUCCCACACGCCAUCAGAGAUCCCCACCCAGAACUCCGACCUGCUCAGGCACACGGAGAUGACCCCUCUUCUGGGCGCUGAACCUGAGAAAGUGACCUCAGUGCUCCAAGAGGCUACUCCACAGCCAGAGAGUGGGAACCUAGGGCCUAAGGAGGGGACUCUAGAGCCUGUGACCAGGGACCCAGAGAUCUCUGAGUUCCCCGCAGAGGAGGAAUUGUGCAACGAGAUGCCUUUUGAUGCCUUUACUGACCUCAAGAAUGGGUCCAUCUUUGCCUUCCGAGGGCAGUACUGCUAUGAGUUGGACGAGAAGGCAGUGAGGCCUGGGUACCCCAAGCUCAUCCGAGACGUCUGGGGCAUCGAGGGUCCCAUUGAUGCCGCCUUCACGCGAAUCAACUGUCAGGGGAAGACCUAUUUCUUCAAGGGUAGCCAGUACUGGCGCUUCGAGGACGGCGUCCUGGACCCCAACUAUCCCCGAAACAUCUCUGAUGGCUUCACGGGCAUUCCGGACAACCUAGAUGCAGUCUUUGCCCUCCCUGCCCAUAGCUACAGCAGCCGGGAGCGGGUCUACUUCUUCAAGGGCAAGCAGUACUGGGAGUACGAGUUCCAGCAGCAGCCCAGCCACAAGGAGUGUGAAGACAGCUUGCCCUCAGCCGUGUUCGAGCACUUUGCCCUGAUGCAGCGUGAUGGCUGGCUUGACGUCUUUAAGCGAGACUUCUGGGGUGGCACCUUUGGUGGUGCCAGCGAGCCCAGGUCUAUUGGCCAGGACUGGCCCGGUGUGCCCGGGCAGGUGGACGCCGCCAUGGCUGGCCGCAUCUACAUCUCCGGCUCCACACCUCGCUCUUCCUGGAUCAAAAAGCGCAAGUCCUCCGGUCGCAGCCGCAAACGCUACCGCUCUCGCUCUCGGGGUGGUCGCAGCCGGAGCCAGAAGGCCCGCCGGCGGUCCCGCUCCACCUGGCUGUCCUGGUACUCCAGCGAGGAGAGCGGCCUGAGCACCUACUAUGACUACGACAUGGAUUGGCUGGUGCCUGCAAGCUGCGAGCCCAUUCAGAGCGUCUACUUCUUCUCGAGAGCUAAGUACUACCGAGUCAACCUGCGCACGAAGCGAGUGGACACCGUGACCCCUCCCUACCCACGCUCCAUCGCCCAGUACUGGCUGGGCUGCCCAGUGCCCGGCCAGAAGUAGGAGCCUGCUCCCAUACAGCUGGGCCCUCCAGGAGCUCUCCUCCCAUUCAAUAAAGGUCCCUUGAUCCUGGU